AUAAAGCAUGUUGUGUUCGUAGCUUGGAAGCGAUAACAAUAUUCUUCUUUUUCGCGAUAUAUUGUUUUUCUUUUUUACCAGUCAAAUAUAUAUUUUCUCUCUCUCUCUCUCUCUCUCUCUCAUCCUCUUCCACACCCCCACUCUGUCUCUUGUCUCAGUUGGUUAGCCGCUAUGCGCAAAAACCCUUUGGCUUUGGCUCCUUCCACUCCCACUCUGUUUUCAUCGUUCACAGCCACCUCCAUGUGCUCUUAGUCCUCUCAGGUUAUUCCUGGACAACCCAUAAAGUUUUGUUCCGUUGUUUUAGCUCUUAUAAUGAAGCCACAAACCAACGGGGUGUCGAGAGCUCAUAAUCAUAAGGCAAAUAAUAUCCAAGUUGAAGGGCCUAACUGGGUUAUUUUUGCUGCCGGUGCUUUGUUGAGUACCUUAUCCAUUCGUCUUGGUUACAAGUUGAAGCAGGCACUUGACUCGAAGCCGAAGCAGAAUGCAACAACUGUUCAGAAAGGAAAUGGAAAAUCCUCCAACACAAAGAACUCUGCAGACUGCUUUAUGCAGUCUAAUGGAUAUUCCCAAGCGCAAGAUAAUCACGGAUGCUUCAGUUGCAUUUCAGGAACUGGAGGUAACAUGGAGCUAAAGUGCCCACCAAAUGGCCAGAUGCAGAUGCUGAAUGAGUAUGAUGGGGCUCUCCCUUUGGUGACUGUUCCUGCUGCAGCUGCUGAAUUUAGCAAAGAAAAUGGUGUUGUCUGGGCAUGCUCUCCUGAUCAUCUUGAAUUGCCUUCUAAGCCAUUCCACCAUUCAAACUGCUCAGAUUCACCAUGCGUAUCAGAAUCUGGUUCUGAUAUUUUUAGUAAGCGGGAAGUCAUACAGAAACUGCGGCAACAGUUGAAGAGAAGAGAUGAUAUGAUACUAGAAAUGCAAGAUCAAAUGGCUGAAUUGCAAAAUUCACUCAAUUCUCAGAUGGGGCUUUCUUCUCAUUUGCAAUUGCAGCUUGAUGCUACAAACAGGGACUUAUUUGACUCUGAGAGAGAGAUCCAACGGCUAAGGAAAGCAAUUGCAGAUCACUGUGUUGGAUAUGUUCCCCAUGACAAAUCUUCCAAGGUCACAGCUUUGCCUCCUGAGAUAAGAAAUGGUGGCCUUUCAAAUGGGCAUCUUGAUGGGGACAAUAAUUCUGAACCUUCUGAAAAGCUAAGGGAUGAGGAAGAGAGAAUUGAAAUGCUGAAAAGGCAAGUAGGAGAGUUGAAAGAAGUAAUAGAAGGAAAAGAAUACUUGCUCCAGAGUUACAAGGAGCAAAAGGCGGAACUCUCUGUGAAGAUCAGGGAAUUGCAGCAUAGAUUGGAUUCUCAGCUGCCUAAUAUUUUGUAGAAGCUGUCAAGUUUGUGAAUACUUUGGUUUUUUACAUUUGACAAAUCUUCACUGUCUUACUCAUUCUUUAUUUUCUCUGUAAUUAGCUCAAUAUAUUUCGAGUUUGUGCAAUGUGUGCUACUAAGGAAAGAACGAGAGGGCUGCGUAUUAAAAAUGACAAGAUGAUGAAUGCAUAUUGGUCUUAGAAAUAGAAGGAAAAAAAAUUACUUUGUUCUUUA